AUGUUGGGUCCUCACCAAGAAAAAAUAUGUGGAAUUGUCUCUGCUUUGACAGUGUUGUCGUCUGUCUGCUUUGUACAAUGCAAUUCUGCUGGAUCUGGAAUAUCUGUGGCCAAAUCGACAGUGGACAAGCUGUUGAGGGGGUAUGACAUCCGUCUCCGGCCGGACUUUGGAGGUCCCCCAGUCAUUGUGGGAAUGAGCAUUAAUAUCGCCAGCAUUGACUCCAUCUCAGAAGUCAACAUGGACUACACCAUCACUAUGUAUUUCCAGCAGAGCUGGCGGGACAAGCGGCUGGCGUACGCAGAGAUGGCGCUCAAUCUGACCCUCGACAACCGCGUCGCCGAUCAGCUGUGGCUGCCUGACACCUAUUUCCUAAACGACAAGAAGUCCUUCUUGCACGGGGUGACAGUCAAGAACCGCAUGAUCCGACUCCACCCUGAUGGCACGGUGCUGUACGGACUGAGAAUAACCACGACGGCUGCAUGCAUGAUGGACCUGAGGAGAUACCCCCUGGAUGAACAGAACUGUACCCUGGAGAUUGAGAGCUAUGGAUACACCACCGACGACAUUGUGUUCUUCUGGCAAGGAGGGGACAACGCUGUGACUGGAGUGGACAAACUGGAGCUGCCGCAAUUUUCCAUCGUGGAGCUGCGUCUUGUGUCCAGAGAAGUCCGGUUCACCACAGGCUCGUAUCCCCGGCUGUCGCUGAGUUUUCGCAUCAAGAGGAAUAUAGGCUACUUCAUCCUGCAGACCUACAUGCCCUCGAUCCUGAUCACCAUCCUCUCAUGGGUGUCCUUUUGGAUCAACUAUGACGCCUCUGCUGCCAGGGUGGCACUCGGGGUCACUACGGUACUCACUAUGACAACCAUCAACACCCACCUGCGGGAGACCCUCCCAAAGAUCCCCUAUGUGAAAGCCAUUGACGUCUACCUCAUGGGCUGCUUCGUUUUCGUGUUCCUGGCCCUUCUCGAAUAUGCCUUCGUCAACUACGUGUUUUUCGGACGAGGACCCCAGCAGCAAAAGAAAAUCAACGAGCGUCUGAACAAGGCUAACAACGAGCGCCCACGCUAUGAGGACAAGCGCCUGCGAGAACAGGACUCCAUGUCAGCGCCGUUUCAAUCCAACACCCUCAGGUCAUACACACAGCGAAGAAAUCUGUAUCUUGAAGAACAAAGAAAAGUUGGGGUGGACGCUUACGGCAACAUCCUGCUCACCACGCUGGAGAUGAACAACGAGGUGAUGCCGUCGGACGUGGGUAGCAGCGUAAGUGACUCGCGCAACUCCGUCAUGUCGUUUGACAGCUCGGGCGUGCAGUUCCGCAAGCCUGUCGGUUCCUCGCGCGACGGCUUCGGCCAUCACUCGCUGGAGCGCGGUGCCAUGCGCAGCCGCGCCAACUGCCGCCUGCGGAGGCGCUCGUCCAAACUCAAGCUCAAAAUCCCCAACCUGACGGAUGUAAGCACCAUUGACAAGUGGUCGCGCGUGAUUUUCCCCAUCACGUUCGGAUUCUUCAACCUCAUCUACUGGUUGUACUACGUGAAUUGA